AUGUCUCCUUCCCCUAGUGACAGUAGAAUGAUGAAGUUUUCUACUGCUGAAUUGUUGAGUGCCUUUGUUCUUAGCAGCUCCAAGGCCUCUUCCUCUGCCCAUGCUGGAGAGAAAAGACAGAGCUCGCCGACUGACGAAGGUGCCCCAAAGAAGACCGAUCACCAGGGCGAGGCGACCGCCUCUGCUACAGCUCACCCCUUGCCGUCUGGUGAUCGCCCGAACUCUCCCACCAACGUUUUACCAACUCCUCCUUCUCCAAAGAAUGCCGAUGGGGGGAAGGAAACCUCGCCCGAUCGCCCAAAGGGCCCCUCUGGCGACUCAAACUCCGAUCCAUUUUCCUUCCUUCUCUCUCAUCCAUAUCUUGGGAAGUUGAGGGAAGUUCCUAGCCAGAACCCGCAAGAUGUGGCUCAGGAAGCUGUGUCGAACCUUCUUCGCGUGGGUUGCCUGUUUGCCCAGGUAGCUUGGCAAGCUCGCCCCCUAUCUGGCGCCGCUGAGCUUCGCCAGGAAGUGGAGACUCUGCGUGCCGCCAACCUUCGAUUCGAUGAAACUUGCUCCAACCUACGCCGCCAGCUAGCUUCUGAGGUGGAGAAAACGUCAAAGAUGCAAAAGAAACUUGCUGAGGCAAAACUGGCGCGGGCCGCGGCGAAUGAGAAAGAAGAGCAUCUAGAAGCCAAGAUUGACGAACUUAAGCAGUCCCUUGAAACUAAGGAUGCCGCCCUCGCUGCUCAAGAGAAAUAUCUUAUCAGCAAAGAAGAAGAGAUUGCCCAACUGCACAAGGAUUUAUCGGACAGGCGCAAGGCUCUCGCCGACGCUCGUUCUGAUCUUGAGUCAAAGUGCAAACUUCUGGCCGAUAACGAUGCUCAAACCAAAAUUUUGGAGGAGCAAAUGAAGAACGACGCAGCUUAG